CCUCCCAACGUCUUCUUCCACGCCAAAACCUUCAACAAAUCACCGCGAGCGAUUCCAAUCACAAAUCCCACAAAAACUCAAUCCUGGCACAAUCAUCAGGCAACAAGGAAGAAAGAGUCGUCGCCUCCACGCGCUUACCCAACCGCGUCCCCCAAUCUCCCCUACUUAUAUACUACCUGUCUCGCCACAAUCCACCAUCCAAUCCGACCUCGCCGCUGCAGUCCCGCUCCUCCUCGCCGUCGCCGCCGGAAUCCCCUCCCUUGGAGCCACCAGCACCAGCAGCACCAGCAAAGCAAGCCGCCUGACUCUUGCGAUGGGUUCGGGGAGCCGCGCGGCGUCGUGCCUGUGCUGCCCGUUCAAGUGCCUGGCGUGCGGGCUCUUCAGCUGCCUCUGCAGCAUCCUCGUCUCCCUCCUCGUCACCGCGGGGGUCCUCGCCCUCAUCCUCUACUUCGUCUUCCGCCCGCAGAUGAUCGCCGCCACUGUCGACUCGGCCUCCCUCGCCCAGUUCGCGCUCGGCACCCCGGCCAGCCCCGCGCUGCUCCAGUACAACCUCACGCUCGCCAUGACGGUGCGCAACCCCAACAAGCGGGUGGGCCUCUACUACGACAACGUCGAGGCCCUCGCGCUCUACGACGGCCAGCGCUUCGGGUUCGCGCCGCUCGACCCCUUCUUCCAGGGCCACCAGGCAUCCACGGAGGUGAAGCCGGCGUUCGGCGGCCAGCAGGUGCUGGAGGGGGACGUGACCCAGUCCAACCUCAGGACGCAGCUGGCGGGAGGCGCGGUGGAGGUGGAGGUGAAGCUCAACGCCAAGCUCCGCGUCAAGGUGUGGGCGUUCAAGGUGCCCGGGCCCCGCGCCAGGAUCAGCUGCCCGCUCUCCCUCCCCGCCCCAGGCGCCGCCGCCGGCGCCCCCGCAUUCAAGCCCACCGACUGCAAAGUCUGGUUCUGAUUCGAUUCUCCACCAUUGGGGAAUCUGAUCUUCGAUUCGAUUCGAUCGGUUGGUUGCGGGAUGCUCUUGCUCUGCAUCGCCCGCCGUGGUCUUUCUAGAGAUUUUCACUGUCUAGUAGUAGUACCAGUCGCAUUUUGUUGGCUAUAUGCACAUAUUAUGGAUCGGUGGUAGAGAUCAAUCGUUCUUUGGUUCUUUGUUAGCAGUACUACUAUUACUACUACUACCUGUUGUUGGUUAUAUUCAGAUUUCUUUCAUUCA